GAAGAGUUCCAGAAUAUAGAAAAUGGCGGACACAGAGGUGGAUAGACUUACUCAGGCAAUAUGUUUAACACAGAAACUACGAACAAGCGUCACCCGUGUGUUUUCUGACUUAUCAGAUGGCUAUCACAUCAGCCAGGGAAACGAAAAAGCAUCUCUAAAUGAUUUACAAAAAGCAUUAUUGACUGUAAAUGAUAAUUACAGUGACCUGGAAAAGCUUGUUCCAAACCUAAACAGUGUGAAUAUUACUGCCCCCAACAGUGCCCUGCCUGGUAUUGACCCUGUGUACGACAAAACCCCGAUUUACUCACAGAUCACACAUGCUCACAAGUGGACAAAUAAGGUUCAUAAACUAGCUGACUAUGCUAGUGCAAUCUUGAGCCCAAACCAGUUGAAGCGAACACACCAAGGGGGACAAUCCUUGGCGACCAAACGACAGAGAAAGACACCACAUGCCCAUGCUAUUCCUCCACCGGGUGUGGAUCAAUGCAUUAGUGCAUUAGAGCGGUUAUGGUCAGAUAUGACAAUAACCCUGUCACGUCCCAUGGGGAACUGUGCUGUACUGCAGAUUACCUUAUCUCGGACACUGCGAGCACUCAUUGUACUGCGUGGCCUGCUGAUAGAGUCUGUCAUUGUCAAGGCCUACUCUGAGGAUUUUCUAACACCAGAAGGGAAGGUAGAUCUGUGGUCACGCUCCAGGUAUCAGGUAUUUAAUAAGGUGACAGAUAUGGUGACAGCUGCUACCCUACACUUCUGCCAUCCUCAGAUGCCGGACCUCAGUCUACGCUCUUUCCUGCUGUGGUUUAACAGUUAUAAGACUCUAUUCUCCGCUCCUUGUCAGAAAUGUGGGAAGCACCUCCAAGGGGCCUUCCCCCCAGUGUGGAGGGAACUUCGUACAGCUACACCUCAACAUGAUGGCUGCCGACAGACAUAGCAGAACGUUUAGCUAACGGGGGCAUAUGACAAUAUUGGAACUAUGUAUCAUGGAGAAAAGUGAAACCUUGUACACUUCAGUAGGAGUAGGGUAUCAUUUUGAAAAUAAUGCCGACAACGAGAAUGUACAGGUCCUAAUUGUGCUGUCAGGUACCGAUACAAAAGCGGCAUAUUGUGUUGGACAGUAACCAAACAUGAGCUGUUCCUUUUUGUGUCAUGCCGGUUCUGGUGGGGACAAGUUGUGUUAAACAAUACUGAACAUUAAAGUGUUCUUUGUGUGUCGCAGGUACAGAUGAGGAUAUGUUGUGUUGAACAAUACUGAACAUUGAAUGAAGUGGUCCUUGUUGUGUGAUGCAGAUGCUGGUGAGAAUGUGUUGUGACGAUACUCCUUUUGAUGUGUUUGUGUAGAUGCAAGUAUCACAUACAUCAACUAUGCAUCUUAUUGUCAUAUAUCAGUCAUUUAUGCAAAUUAAGUGACCCCAUUGGAAGUGCUUGAUAUGAUUAGGCCGAACGUAAUCUGUUUUGCUACCCCUUCAUACACUAGGUUUUUAGGCAUACACCAGUCGUUUGCUCACUGGUAUCCAUCACAGUGGGCUGGGAUAUUAACCAGUGCUAAAUUAGGACAGAUUCUUCACAAAUUGAGGUUGAAGGGUUGAAUGGAAGAUCAUUGAUGCAUUUUAAGGAGAGUGAAAACUGGUGUGUUUGUUAACAAGUGAUGGUCCAUUAGAGCUGGGUGAUUGUGAGUGUUUUUAAUACUGUACAGGUGCUGUAUGUGAGAGUUAGUCUGCCAGAGAUGAAUGAAAUGGACAAUAAACAAAUGAAAACAAACCUGAA